UAAAUGUAGUCCUUAAAGCAAUUUCAGGUCUUGUGUUCAUUUGUUUGGCCUGUAUAAUGAUUCCCCAGAGGGGUUGGUCUUGACUAUGGUUGAACUGAAUUGGAAUACACUACAACUGUUAUGAUAGAGACUUUUACCUUCUCUUCAACGCAAAGUCUCACCACAAAGUUCAUGUCGCAGGGAAAGCUAGAUAAAUGUGAGAAUUCAGCUAAAACUUCCAUCUUUUUAAUGUUUCUUUAAGCAAAAAUGACCUUUGGAUUUAGAUGGGCAAAAAUCUUUAGCUUAUGUAGAUGGGUUAAAUCUACCGUUGAUAAUCCCACUCUUUUGUUGGGUGGUAGAGAAUGUAAAGCUGCAAUUUUUGUUCUGCAUAUGAAUAUCUGAAGAAUGAAUUAACAAGAUAAUUUCCCGAGAGCUAAUCUCUGCUUCUUGAUUAGUCAAUCGGAUGCUUCACGAACGUUUGACGAAACUUCUUUCCUGCGCCAUUUGCUUCUCUAACAGCAUUUAAUUCCUCUGCAUUGAAUGUUAGAGCUAGAUAAAGUAGUAGAGCAUGAUCAGUGCGACACCUUUAGGUUUCUUCAACAAGUUGGUUCUUUCCAUUUUCCUAUAUUUUUUUGCAAGUUCUGGUUUCCCUCAAUCUCAGCUCGAUUGUCUUGGGGACAGCUCGUCAUGGAUUUUUUUCAUUGCCAGAUUAAAACUAUGGUGGAAGAAGGCAAACUUGAGGUUCUGGCGAAUCAGCGGUCCAUUGAGGAUUGGUUGUCACAUGCUCGUGAGCUAGUUCCGGUGGCAUUGGAUAGAGCCAGAGAGGUUAAGGGAUUCCCAGCUCGCUGGAGGAAGAUAAUUUCAAAACUGGAGCAGAUUCCCUCAUGCUUGUCGGACCUGUCGAGCCAUCCUUGCUUCUCAAAGAAUGCGCUUUCCAAAGAACAGUUGCAGGCAGUGUCCAGAACUCUUGCAGAAGCAAUCAAGUUGGCCGAGUCGUGUUUGGGUGAGAAGUGCGAAGGGAAGCUGAGGAUGCAGAGCGACCUUGACUCUUUGUCUGGAAAACUAGAUUUGAAUCUCCGGGACUGUGGUCUCCUGAUCAAGACCGGAGUGCUCGGGGAGGUGUCGGAGCCGGUAUCUGCACCCAAUUCUUCAACCAAAAUGGAGGCCGUAACAAGUAGCAAUAUAAAAGAAUUGCUUGCGCGGCUUCAGAUUGGUUCAUUGGAGGCAAAACACAGAGCUCUGGAUUGCAUACUGGAACUUAUGAAGGAGGAUGAGAAGAGCUUAUUCGCUGCACUAGGACGUAGUAACAUCGGGGCACUAAUCCAAAUGCUCACUGCGACAUCUACUUGUAUCCGUGAAAAAUCCAUCACAGUCAUAUGCUCUAUCAUUGAGUCGGGGAAUUACAAGAAUUGGCUUGUGUCGGAAGGUGUUUUACCCCCUCUAAUUAGGCUUCUUGAGUCCGGAAGCUCAGUAGGUAAAGAAAAGGCUGUGAUUUCUGUUCAGAGGUUAUCCAUGUCGGCUGAGACUGCACGUGCCCUUGUGGGUCAUGGAGGGAUCCAGCCGCUGAUCGAGACAUGCCGGACCGGGGAUUCUAUUUUGCAGGCAGCAGCGGCAUGUGCUUUGAAGAACAUCUCGGCUUUACCCGAGGUCCGACAGAGUUUGUCUGAGCAAGGGAUCGUAAAGGUAAUGACCAAUCUACUCGAUUGUGGAAUUUUACUCGGAACCAAGGAAUACGCGGCGGAAUGUUUGCAGAAUCUGACUGCGGCCAACGAGAAUCUACGGAAAUUGGUAAUUUCAGAAGGCGGGGCACGGAGCUUGUUGGCUUAUCUAGACCGCCCGUUGCCCCAAGAGUCUGCGGUUUCGGCAUUGAGAAACUUGGUUGGAUCGCUGCCCCCAGAAAAGCUAGUGUCUCUCAAUUUCCUUCCCCGGUUAGUCCAUGUACUCAAGUCCGGAUCAUUAGGUGCGCAGCAAGCGGCUGCGUCGGCCAUUUGUAGGGCGUGUGACUCCGAGGAGAUGAAGAAACUGGUCGGUGAAGCCGGGUGCAUCCCUCUCUUGAUCAAGCUGCUCGAGGCCAAGCCCCACAGCGCCCGUGAGAUUGCCGCACAAGCUGUUUCCAGCUUGAUAACUCUGCCCCAGAACCGCAAGGAGAUAAAAAAGGACGACCAGAGCGUGCCUAACUUGGUCCAGCUCCUCGACUCGAGCCCUCAGAACACUGCGAAGAAGUACGCGGUCUUAUGCUUAUUAUGCCUCUCGUCGAGCCAGAAGUGCAGGAGGAUGAUGAUCUCCCAUGGGGCGAUCGGGUAUCUGAAGAAGCUCGCGGAGAUGGACAUUCCGGGGGCCAAGAAAUUGCUGGAGAGGUUGGAGAUGGGGAAGCUGAGAAGCCUGCUCAGCAGGAACUAGCGAAGAGGGGAGCUAGACCCACUUGUAUGGUCCCAAAAUUUCUUUUUCUUUCUUCUUCUUGUCGUAUCAUGUAUGAGCAAUAUCUCAUUGUCCAUGUAGGAUACUAGUUGAUGAGUCCAUGUUAGUAUGUUGCGACCUUCAUGAGUAAAACUCAAAAUGUUAUUUAUGCUAAUUGCUAGCCUAGAAGUGUCUUCUUGA